AUGAAGGUUCUCUGCGUUGCCGAGAAGCCCUCAAUCGCGAAAGCUGUAGCUGGUCAUCUCUCUGGCGGCCAGGCCACAACUCGACCCACUCCGGAAAAGUACAUCAAGAACUACAUCUUCGACUACGACUUCGGCCACCCCUGGGGUAGAUGCGAAGUCACCAUGACAUCGGUGUUGGGCCAUCUCACUUCUGCUGUAUUCUCUGCCGAUUACAAGAAUUGGGACUACCCCCCGCCUGACCGCUUGUUCGACGCGCCUGUGAAUGUCAUUGUCUCCGAGGACAAAACGAAGAUUGCCGAGAACAUCGAGAAGCAGGCUCGAUACGUUAAUGCAUUAUGCAUAUGGACCGAUUGUGAUCGAGAAGGCGAGCACAUCGGCUAUGAAAUAUGUCAAGCUGCCAGAAAAGGAAACAGGACACUUGAUAUCAAGAGAGCCAGGUUCAGCAAUAUCGAGAGAGCGCAUAUCUUGAACGCAUCCCGGACUCUCAUCAAUCUUGAUCAGAAGCAGGUGAAUGCUGUAGCUUCUCGGAUUGAACUGGACCUCAGAAUAGGAUAUGCCUUCACUCGGUUUCUAACUACGAACCUCAGGACCCUUGGCGGUCCAAUGGCGCAGCUCAUGUUGAGUUAUGGUUCGUGCCAAUUUCCCACUCUGGGAUUUGUUGUCGACCGUUAUUUUCGAGUGAGGAAUUUCAAGCCCGAGGCGUUCUGGAGCAUCAAGGUCAUGCACAAACGAGAAGGCAUCGACGUCAACUUCAGCUGGGCACGGAAUCGGCUCUUUGAUAGGCCAUCCGUCAUCAUUCUUUACGAGCGAUGCCUCGCGGCAAAGAUCGCGAAGGUCAUCAAGGUUCAGGAGAAGCCGACGAAGAAAUGGAAACCAUUGCCACUGACCACGGUCGAGCUGCAGAAGAUGGCUACAAGAUUCUUACGUAUGACGGGUCAACAGGCAAUGGAAACUGCCGAGGGCCUGUACAACAAGGGAUUCAUCAGCUAUCCAAGAACAGAAACCGACCGAUUCGACAAGGGGAUGAACCUUCGUGCUCUGGUUCAAAAGCAGACACAAUCACAAGCUUGGGGCGACUUUGCACAAAAUCUUGCCGAUGGCGGGUUUCAACAACCGCGACAAGGCCGAAAUGACGAUAAGGCGCAUCCUCCAAUUCACCCCAUCACAUAUGCUGCGCCAACUGCGCUCAACCCCGAAGAGAAGAAGGUUUACGAAUUGGUAGCCAGGCGCUUUCUAGCCUGCUGUUCAGAGGACGCAAAGGGUGUCGCGACGGACGUCGAUAUCAAGUACGGGGAGGAAUCAUUCCAUGCCCAUGGGGUCGUUGUACUAGAACGAAACUACCUGGACGUAUACCCAUACGAUAAGUGGACAGGCACGGUGCAGUUGCCGAAGUUUAUGGUCGGUGAGCAGUUCCAGCCAACCGAAGCUCUCAUGACCGAAGGGAAGACCGCACCGCCAAACUAUCUUACCGAAGCGGAUUUAAUUGCUCUUAUGGAUGCCAAUGGGAUCGGAACAGAUGCCACAAUGGCCGAGCAUAUCCAAAGGAUACAAGAAAGAGAUUACGUCCGUACAGUUCCACGAAGCGGUGGCUCCGGAGACGAAGAAGCAGCGGACGCUCCAGCUGCCCGGGGAGGUCGUGGAGGUCGCGGUAGCCGUGGCAGCCGUGGUCGAGGUGGUCGAGGCGGCCGUGGCGGAGGAGGAGCUGCCGGUAACGGACCGGGGAGAGUGAUGGAAUUCAUCCCAACUCAGCUGGGUGUUGCUCUCAUCGAAGGGUUCGACAGGAUGAACUUCGAAACCAGUCUUGGCAAGCCUUUCCUGCGAAAAGAGAUGGAGCUGAAGAUGAAGGCCAUCUGUGAAGGACAAACGACGAAGGAGAUCGUUCUGAACGAGAGUAUCCAACAAUACCGCCACGUCUACAUGCAAUCUCAGCAAAAGCUGAGUGUCCUGAAAGCGUUCCUCUCGCAGGACAGCACUGGUUCUCGAAACGAUUAUCGUGACUUUCUCAGCGAGGAUGGAGGUUAUCGCGAGAGCACGGCCUAA